UGAGCUGCCGCCGGUGUGUUGUUUGCGGCGGGACUGUCCUGGUGGGGUUGUUAAUUAUAUGUGUGUUGACUCUUUGGGCGGGCGUGUAUAUAGGAGGCGAUCCCUUGCACCCCUCGGCAGCUCUCUUGGCCCUGCCUGCCGCGUGACAAGUGGUGCUGCAGGUGGGGGCUGGCGGGGCUCACUGCUGUAAUUACCGCGCCACUCUACACUACUCCCACACAUCAUCCACGCCUUCCCCAGACCCUCACAUCUCACACCUCAUCACCAACCCGGGGCUGUGCUGCGACAAACAUUAUUUUAGGCUUGGCCAUCACCCACGUCAGCAUCACAAGCCAUGGCAGGGACGAGUGAAGACGAGAGCUCCUUCCUCUCCAAGGAUGAAGGGGAGGAGAUGGACAGUGGCAAGGAGGAGGAGGAGGAGGAGAAGGUGGCUAAGGAGGAUGGAAACAAGGGACGCAAGCCUGGCAAGAGAUCCCGGGGCCGUCCGAGGAAGUCCGACAUGAAGCCAAAGGACAAUAUGAGUCUGGUGAUGACAGCUAAGAGGAAAAGGAAGAAAAAUUCACGUUAUGAGGAUUUCAAAAGUGAUGAUGAGGAGAUUGCUGAGGGAGGACGCAAGAAGCCAGGAAGGAAGAAGGGACAGUCGCUGGAGAGUGGAGCCUGGGUGGCGCGCCGGCCGCUGGGACGACCAAAGGCAUCAGGCAUGCGACACGUCCAGAAGACCACCCCAGAGUUGAUUUGUGAACUGGGCCAAGUGUUCUACUCUUUGGGAUGGGUUAGCGGCACUGGUGGCGGCAUCAGCAUCAGAGACGGAGAGAGUAUAUACGUGGCCCCUUCAGGCGUGCAGAAGGAACGCCUGCGACCCGAGGACAUGUUUGUUAUUGACCUGGAAGGGGAUGAGCUGUCAGUGCCCCUCAAUAAUCCAACACUCACCAAGUCUCAGUGCACUCCUCUCUUCCUGCUGGCCUACAAGAUCCGUGGUGCUGGCGCUGUCAUACACACACAUUCUAAGAACGCAGUGAUGGCAACAUUGGCAUUCCCAGGCAGUGAGUUCAGAGUCACCCAUCUGGAAAUGAUCAAGGGCAUCAGAUUGGCCUCGGAGGACCGGCAGAUGCGGUAUGAUGAGGAGCUGGUGGUGCCCAUCAUUGAAAACACACCCUUCGAACACGACCUCAGUGACAGCAUGGCACAGGCCAUAGAGCUGUACCCAGACACCAAUGCUGUGCUGGUGAGGAGACAUGGACUCUAUGUUUGGGGCGACACCUGGGAGCGUGCUAAGACCAUGACUGAGUGUUACGACUACCUGUUUGAUAUUGCCAUCCAGAUGAUUAAGAUGGACCUUGACCCCACAAAGGCACCCAAUAAGGCAAAGAUGAAUGGCAAGUAGGUGGUGGGUGGCAGAUACUGCCACCCACGCCAGCACCAGCACCAGCACUGUACCUUUACUCUGCUGCUGACUGUCUUCAGCUGGACAGUUCCUUAGUGGUGGAUAGAUAAGUACAAGAAUUCUUUCAGUUUGACAAGUGCUAUAUGAUUUAGGCAGUGGAGGUUUGUUGCAGUGUGUUGUGUUAAUGAGGAACCACUAUUUACUUCCUUCCUAUGAAUUGAGAUGGAAAGAAUGUUCUGAGUGAAAGACUGUUCUGUGAAUACCUUUAAUUUCUAUGAAGGUAUGUUACUUGUGCUUUUACUUUUUUUUUUUUCUGUAAGUUUUUACUUAUAUAAUUUGAUUUUUUAAUGUAUUAGAAUUGGCUUUUUGCCAGAAGUAAUUUAUAGAAUUUAUUAAUUUUUAUUCCAUUAUCAUUGUUUGAUAGAAAGUUGAAAGGUGAAACUUGCUAAUUCUUUCUUGUACAGUUUUCUUUGCUCUCUUGUUUAUUUGAUCUUGAACAACAAGGCAAGACAUUGUUAAUGAAAUGGCCACCACCUGUGGAGAUGUGACAGCUUGGUGAAGUAAAUAUGUGGUGCAGCACAUUAGUGUCACUCUCUGAGGGAAGCACAGGAGUCUGACCUCAUACUGUCCCAAGUAAUGUUGCCUUGUGUUUGAAUGAUUUUAUAUUAACAGUAACUGGAAGCUUGUUUCGGUCAAUCAAGUGCACAUUGUUGUUGCAUUCAGUCAUGUGCAGAAACUGCAACAGAGAGAGAGAGAGAGAGAGAGAGAGAGAACAGAUGCUGGACAUUUUUCCUGACACUAAUUAAGAAUGAAAUUUAUCAGGUUGUAUUUUGUAUGGUAUUGUUGAUCCCCCCUUGUGUGUGUGACUGCUACAGAUCCUAAAGUUUGGCUAGAAAUAUUCUAAGAAUCUUUAUUGACAAUACAAGGAAGUAGAAACACGUUCGAAAUCCUUGGGUAUUGCAAUUCAUUACCAUUAAAAUGUUUUCUUCUGCUCUCAUGAGAGACUAUACCUGGUUAUCUUUGUCUCAUCCAGCAAUGUCAGGUCAGUGUAUUGUUUGUGUAUGGAGGCAGACGUCACUAUCACAGCACUCCUUUCCCUCCUCACUUUGUUUACUAUGGACUACAGGUGACUAGGUUUGUUGGUUUUAGGACUGACCACGUGAUUACUACCCAUGAGGCAUUUCAUUGUGUGUGUGUGUGUGUGUGUGUGUGUGGCUCAUUAGACAGCUGAGGUGUUUUGUGUUUGAGCAGCUCUGGAUCUUCCAAGUGAUGCUGAUUAAAUUAUGGUUUGUUUGAGUUGUGUCUCAGAGUUCCUUCUAUAGAAUGUCGUCAUUUUACAUUUUAUGAUAAGUGGAUCAGUUGGUAUACAAAACUAUUCAUAGAUAAUAGAAUUAAUAUUUGGAAUUUAUCUCUUGAAUAAAUAGCAAUAGUUUCACAUUUAGGUAUUGACUAAGACUGGAGAAGUACAUUUAUAGGGUGAGAUUGUGUAAGGAAACAUGUGUUGUGCUGUAACCUUUACUGUCACAAAGAAACAAUAACUGAAGUAGCAGCAGUGUCCAAUCUUCAGUGUUGUGUGUGCAUCAAGUAAGGUGAGGUCAAACACUGGUUUCCUUUGCAUCAAAACACUUCAUAACUUUUUGAUAAAUGAGUGCAAGGUUAUUUGUUUAAGUGAACGUAAUGUGUAUAAUAAACGUAUUUCAUUAC